AUGUCCUGCACUGUCACUCGUCCCCUCCAGAUGACGCCCUACGAGUCUGGCCCCGCUGCUGGAUUUCAACACCCUUGUGACAGCAUCAAGGUCACCCUUACCAUUAUCAACCUCUCCUUGCUACGAGGAAGACUGAAAGCGCCGUCCUCUGAUGCCAUAGUCCGGGACCCGUGGGCAAAACCUGCGAAGCGCUGUCCCAACCGAUGA